AUGAAUUAAAAUCACCAUUAAAUUGUAGAAAAAUGGUUAUCACGAUUCAGAAAAUGUCUCUCCAUUUGUUAUACAGAAGACUCAGAACUGAUUACAAUGGAAUUGCAUAAAGGAAAUGUUUAGUUGCUUAGUGUUGCUUAGAAUAAGAACAUUUUCAAUACUCGUAAAUAUACAGUAAAUUUACUCAUCUAUAUUCAAUUGUUUAGUUACUCAAUUUUCUACCCAAAACAUUAUUCACAGGAUUAGUCAGAUUUGGAAACAUCUACUUACUUGGAAUUUCAUUAAUUAUGCUCAUAGAUCCUACUCUAUCUCCCUUUUAUAGGUGGAUCACAAUAUUCCCUAUAGGACUUAGUGUACUCUUCUAUGUUAUAAUUGAAUUUAUACUUGAUAUUCGUAGAUAAAGUUAUGAUCAUAAAAUCAAUAUGCAAAAAACAUCAAGGGGAGAUAAAGAUGGUUAAAUUGAAUCAAUAAAAUGGAGUGAUAUUAAAAUGGGAGAUAUUUUAUAUCUAAUCAAAGGAGAUAUUGUACCUGCUGAUAUCAUACUAUUAGAUACUGGAUAAGUUAGAGAUAGAGAAGCAAUUUGUAUGGUAGAUACUUAAUAUUAUGAUGGUAAAUCAAGUUUAACAAAAAAGAAAUCAUCGUAUCUAACUUAAUUAAUUGUUUUAAGAACCAGAUUAAAAAAUUAAUUUUAAGAAUAUAGAAUAAUGUUGACUGGUAAAUUAGAAUAUGAAGCUCCAAAUGGAAAUACAUAAACAUUUCAUGGUAGAUUGAAAUUGAAAAAGGAUCCAAAAUAUGAAGAAUUAACAAUUGAUAAUUUCAUUCCCAAAGGUACUAAAAUUAAAUAGACUUCAUGGUUAUUUGGUUUAGUUGUAUAUGUUGGUUAAAAUACUAAAACAAUGUAAAGUAGUCAUUAUGGAUCAUAAAAGUAUAGUUUUGAAGAAAAAUAAUUUAAUUUCUAUUCUUUUCUGAUGGCAUGUUUAUCAUUAUUUUUUACAUUUAUAUCUAUAAUUGUAUUAUUAGCUAGAUCAGAUGAAAACAAUUUUGCAUUAAUUAUAGACAAUUAUACAACUAAUGGGAUGAAAGUAUUUUAAUUAGCCAUAUUAUAUUCAUAAUUAAUUCCUUCUACUUUAUAUUUAUUAUUUGAUAUAGUAAAUUUCAUUUCAUUAUUUAAAUUCGAAAUUAAUUAAAUUGAAGAGAAUUUAGUAAAAUAUGUAAAGAUCAUCUCAUCUAAUAAUUUAUGUGAUUUAGGACAUGUUGAUUAUAUGUUAAUAGAUAAGACAGGUACAUUAACUACAUCAUAUUAUAAAUUGGAUAAUUUAUUAUUUGGAUAAUUAGCUUUCAGUUUGAAUUAUGAUUAAUUGUAAUUGACAUUAAAUUAGAAAUCAGCAAAAUAAGAUGAUAAUGAGGAUCCAAUAAAAUUUGCAAGCAUAAAUGAUAAUAAUGAAUAUUUGAUUCCAUUUGAAUAUGAUAAGAAGAGUAAUCAAACUACUGAGAUUUAACCAAGUAGUAAAUUAUUUCUUAAAAGUGUUAAGACUCCUAAUAAUAAUCCAAUGUUUAAUUAAGUUACUGCUUAGCCAUUUAAUAAAAGAUAGACUUUUAUCAAUAUGGAUUAGUAAUAUUAAUAAUAGUAUUAAGAUUAUUCAUAAACAAGAAUGUUUUUACCUCAACCAAAACUUAGAAAUAGUCCAGGUAAUAACAAUGAUGAAUUUAUGUAAUUAGUAAAUUAAUUGAGAAACAGUUCUCCAUAGUAAGAAUAUUUGUAAACUAAAGACAUUAAUACAUUAUAUUAUGAUGCAUUUUUAAAGUGUUUAAUGUUAUGUCAUGAAGCUAGACCAGUUUUUGGUUCUGAUUCAAUAUCAUAUGAAUCAUUUUCUAAGAAUGAAGAGAUUUCAUUAACAUUUGCUCGUUCUUGUGGAUAUUCAUUAGAGAAUUUUAAUAAAUUUGAUGGUCCAGAUAUUUAUUUAUGUAAAGUAAGGGGAAAUCCAAUUUGUUAUCAAAUAUUAGGAUUAAAUUUAUUUACUUACAAUAGAAAUUUAAAUUCAGUAGUAAUUUAAGUACCAAUGACUAUGGAUUUAGAAUUGGGAUAUGAACAUUAGGCUUUAAAUUAAUUAUGUGGAGAAGGAUCUAAAAAUAAAUCAUUAUUAAUUUGUAAAGGUGAUUAUGAAACUAUUAAAUUAAAAUUAUAAUAAAAUUAUAAAGAGAGAGAAGAAUUAGAUGCUUAUAUUUAACAUUAUAAAAUGAGAGGUAUAAGAAUGAUAGUUUAUGCAACAAGAGUAUUGAGUGAAAAAGAGACAAAGAAUUAUAAACAAAAAUUUAAUUUAUUUUAUAGUUCUUUGACCAAUUAAGAUAGUUUAUUAGAAGAAUUAGCUUAAGAAUAUGAAAGAGAUUUAAGUUUAUUGGGAAUGAUAGGAUUUAAAGAGGAAUUAAAGAAUGAUGCAUUAGAUUUCAUUAAAACUGUUAAAGAAUGCAAUAUUAAUAUUUGGUUAUUGAGUGGAGAUUAAGAAGCAUAGACAAUUAGUUGUGCUUAGGCUUUGGAAAUGACAGAAACAUCUAGAUAUUUAAGGAUUGUUGCAACAGAUAAGGAUUAGAUAUGGUUAUAAAUAAAUACUGCAAUAGGAUAUAUAUAAAGUGAACUAUAUAAAAUAUCAGAGAAAUCAUUAAUUAAAUAAUAAGAGAAACAUGCAUAAUAAUAAUCAAUGAGUAGAAGUAUGAUUAAAUCAAGUGUAACAUUAUUUGAAGGUGCAUCAUAUUAAUAAAUGUUAUAAUUUGUAUUAGUUAUAAAUGGUCAUUCUUUAUCAUUAAUAAGUUAAUCAAUAUAUCUAAUGAGUCAUUUUAGAUUUUUAGCAUGUGUUUGUAAGAAUAUGAUAGGAUUUAAUAUGAAUCCAUAAUAGAAAGAAUUAGCAUGUAUAAUAAUUAAAGAUUAUUUUCCAAAUAAACCAACAAUUCUAGGAGUUGGAGAUGGUUACAAUGAUGCUUUAAUGAUGUAAGCCUCACAUAUAAGCAUUGAAAUAAUUAAUAGCAAAUUAAAUCAUAUAUAUCCAUAAGUUAAUGCUGGAGAUAUUAGUGUGAAUACAUUAAAAGAAAUAAAAGUAUUAUUAUUAUAAAAGUGUAAACUACACUCUGAACGCGUUUCUUCUAUGAUAAAAUAUUUAUUUUAUUGUGCAGGCUUUUUAGGUAUGACACUAUUCUUUUUUAAUUGGUUUUGUUAAUUCACUGCUACUUCAUUACAUGAUUCAAUGACAGUAUUUUUAUUCAUAUUCUUAUAUACAACUCCUAAUGCUUUAGUAAUUGGAUUAGCUGAUUUAUAAACAAAUCCAUAAGUAAAUACAACAAUUCCUACAUUAUAUGUAGAUGGUCAAAUCAGAACCAGAAUGUUUGGAUUUUAUUAUUUAAUAGAAGCAUUUUUGGAAUCACUUUUAUCAGCAGCCUUCACUUUUUAUUCAUGUACUUAUAUGGUUAAUUAUUCUUGGACUAAUGAUGGUAUUCAGAGUGAUUUAUAAAUGGUAGCAACCAGUAUCAUUUAUAUUGUAAUCAUAGUAUCCACAUUAAAAGUCUUAUUUAGAUUGAUCUAACAUAAUGUACAUAUUGUAAUUAUUAUAUGUUUAUUCACAUUUGGAUUAUUAGUUGGUUUUGUAUUUCUUAAUUUCAGAGGAUAAUUCAGUGAUAUUGAUUACUAAGAAAUAACUUAUCAAUUAUUCACUAGAUAUAAUAGUAUAGUUGGAAUGAUAUUUUGCUUAUUUGGAUGUUUCUUUAUCAAGUAUUUCCUUAAUGAUUUCAUUAAAUUAAAUUUAUUUCCAACUGCCUAUGAAUAAUUUGCAUUUAUUAAUAAAGAUGGUACAUAAUGGGAAGAUACUACAUAUUUACAAAUAAUCAAUUAAUGUUUAGAUCAAAAUUUGUAAAUAUUGUAUUUAUAUUUAGAAAUGUCUCUACAAUCAUAAAACAUGUAUUUAUUGAUUGUUCUACCGCAUCUCCUUAUAUUUCAGAAAUGCUUAAUCCUGGAGACACUAAAGUAACUGAAAUGAAACUUAAACCUUGGACAUUAGAAAUGAAGGAAUUAGUCCUUGAAUAAAAGUUCCUUGCUCAUAAAUUAUCUCAAUCACUCAAUCAUUUACGUUUUUUCUUAGGCAUUUUACUACUCUAUUUCAUAGCAUAUUGUUUAACUGAUUUUUUUAUUAAUGAUCUUAGAGUAUAUACUGGAGUCUAAUAUUUAAUUAUCUUUGCUAUUGUAGUACUAAUUUUAUUGUUUACAUGUACAUCUAUUAUGGAAUAAGAAUACUACACUUAUUCUCAUUUAACUGUUUUAAUAAUAUUUGUAAUUAAAGUUGCAAUUGAUUGGUUAUCAAAUGAUUUAACUAUUACUUUAUCUGCAACAUUAGUAAUACUAUUUAGUACAUUCAAUUCUAUGAAUAUGACUGUCAUUCCUAUUAUGUUAUACAAUAUCUGUUAUUUAAUACAAUUAAUUGUUAGAAUAUUAAUUAUUGUAGUAUCUACUGAUUUAAGUACUUCAAAUGGAACAUAUUCAUAAAGUAGGAUAUCUAUAUAUGCUGCUAGUACUUAAAUAUUAUUAGUGAUUAGUAUUACUAUUAGAUUUUUAUUCACUUAUUAUAAAUCAAUUAAACAUAGAAGAAAUGAUUAUUUAGCAAAAUAUGCAAUUGAAUAAGAUAAUAUGAUUGCAUUAGAUAUUUUGAGUAUUCUUGUUCCUAGAUUUGUUAGAGAAUAAAUAUCAACUGGAAUUUAUUUAAUGUAAUUAGCUUAAGAUGAUGUAUCAAUCUUAUUUGCUUAUAUUUGUGAUUUUGAUACUAUAAUGAAAGAAGAAGGUAAAAAUGUAGUAUUAAUGUUGGAUUCUUUAUUUAGAUCAUAUGAUAAUUUAUGUAUUGAACAUGGAGUAUAAAAGAUAGAAACUGUAGGAUACACUUAUAUGGCAGCUACAGGAAUUAAAGCUUGUGAAUAAAAUAUGGCUGUUCAUGUAAUAAGAACAGAAAAAACAACUAGAUUAAUCAAUAUGGCAUUUGAUAUGAUGUAAUAAGUAUAAGGUAGAAAAUAUGGAAAGGGAAAUCAGAUAGAAAUGAAGAUUGGAAUACAUGUUGGAAGAGUUAUUGCUGGUGUGAUUGGACAUCAUAAACCAUAAUUUUCAUUAAUAGGUGAUCCAGUAAAUCAAACAAGUAGAGUAGGUUCUACAGGUGAUACUGGUGAAAUAACUUUAAGUGAAGAAGCUUUUAAAUAAGCUAGACAUGGAAUAAAAUAUUACUCAAAAAAAUAAAAGGAAGCUAAAGGAUUAGGAAUUAUAGAUACUUAUCAAGUAUUUAAGACUAAACCAAUAGGUUAUUAGAUACCUAAGGCAUUUAUAUUGUGGCAGAAUUGUACAAAGAUUGUUGUAAAAGAUUUAAGAUAAUGGAAGAGUCAAAGGUAAAUAGUAUCAAAAAAAGGUCAAUUCUUAUCUUCAUUGUAAAACUCAAUUUCUGUGGAUAAUAGAAAAUUAUUAAAUAGAUUAGAAACAUCUCCAAAAAGCUAACUACCAGUUUAAUUUUUUAUGUAAUAAAAUUCACCUUAAGAGGCAGAUAAUAAAUCUAGAUUAAGUUUGCUAGUUCAACCAACUGAUUCAUUAUUGUUAGAUGAAUCUGUUUUUGUUACAAAUGAAAAAGAGGAUAAAGAUUAAUUAGAUUUAAUAAGACCCAAUAUUAUUUUGGAUAUACCUGAAAAUGAGAUAAAAGGGAAUUUCAUUUAGAUAUUAAAAGAAUAGAAUAUUUAGGAAUCUAAAGUUGCUAUGGUAUUUUUAUGGAUCACCUACUUUGUAAUCACAUUGUUAUCUAUAAUAGUUCGCAAACUAUUCAAAUAAGAUCUUCUAAUUUUUGUUUUAAGAGUACUAAUUCCAUUAUAAUCUAGGCAAUAUUUUUAUUUUUGUUAAUCGUGUUAUUCCCUAUUUUAUCCAAAGGUUAUAGGAAUCUAUUAGUGAAUCUCAUGUAUUUCCUCUUAUUAAUAUAUGCUGUUUUUACAGUAUUAUAUUAAGCAUACCUAACUGACAAUUCUGAAGUUGCUAUCAUAUGUCUUUUAGAAAUACUUUAUAUAAUGAUUGUAACAUGUUAAUUGAAGAUGUUUACUUUCUUUUAAGUGAUCAUUUAUAUGUUGAUAAUGUUAGGGUUGUUCUUGGCCUUUUACAUUGCUUCAGAUUUAGUAACUCAUUUUGCAAUCUUUUAUAUUUGUUGUUGUAUGUUAAUUCUUUUAUUGGGUUAUUAUUGGGCUAUGAGUGAAUAGAUUCAAAUGUUUAACAAUCUUUAAAUUAAUGAAGAUAAAAAAGUCAAAUAAAUUAAUUUGGUGAGUCAAUUAUUACCAAUGCAUUCUUAUUUAAAAAUGAAAAAUAAUUCAAUACAUGACAAGAGUGAUUUCAUAGAUGAAUUUGAAGAUGUCACUUUAUUAUUUGCAGAUAUCAAAGGAUUUACUGAAUAUUCUCAUACUUAAACACCAGAAGGAGUUGUGACCAUGCUUAGAAAUCUAUUUACAGAAUUCGAUAAAUUAUGUUAAAGAUAUAAUGUAUAUAAAAUGUAUACAAUUGGUGACUGUUAUGUUGUUAUGGGAUUCACUAACAGUGCUAAAAGAAAUGUAACAAUCAUAUUUAUUUAAUUAGCCUAUUUAAGAAGCCAUUAAUACUGUUAAAAUGGGAUUUCAGAUGGUUGAGAUCGUUAUGUAAGUAAGAUAAAAGAUUAAAUUUGAAAAACUUAAUAUGAGAAUAGGCAUUCACACAGGUCAUGUUAUAGGUGGCAUUAUAGGAACAGAUAUUGUCAGAUAUGAUAUUUAUGGUAAAGAUGUUUCAAUAGCUAAUAAGAUGGAAAGUAGUGGAGAAGAAGGCAGAGUACAAAUUUCAUAAACUACUAAAUAAAUGAUUGAAAGAGCUGAAUAAAAUCCAUUUAAAUUCAAAUUCCAUCAUGUAUAAAUUAAACAUAUAUUAUAGGAUGUUGAAUUAAGUAAAUUUAACAUGAGUACUAAAGGUUAUUUAGUAGAAUGGGAUAUGAUAAAAGAAGAAGCCAUUUAUGAAUAAUAACAGUGA